AUGGCACAGCAUCAAGAACGUAAAAGAAAAGAAAGUCCUUCUUGUCAGACAGGACGAAAUCAUGUCCCCCCUCCUCUUAGUAUUGAAGUACCUAAAAUGAAAAAUAUUCCAAAAGAGUCAAAACCUUGGAGUGAUGUUCAAGAUCAGCUUCCAGUUGACAUUCUUUUGUUGACAGUGGAGGAUUGUGAGUUCUUGGCGUGCUAUGCAUACCUUCAUAAUUCCAUUCAAGGCUACCACAAUAACCUUGGAUAUGUGUACUUUGGUACCAUGGGUGGAAGUGGAGAGGAGGCACUGAAAGUUGCUCUGAUGAGAUGUUCCAAAGGUGGUCCAGGUGGCUCUCAAAAUGUUGUUAAAAAUGCAGUGAUUCCACUGAGACCCAAGGCUGUUUUUAUAGUUGGCUGCUGCAGGGGUUUGAACCCCCAAGACACAAAGCUGGGGGAUGUAGUGGUAUCCUCUAAGCUUAUAACUGAAGAAUUCUCAACCCCAGUAAAAAAGAAUAUUGGCAACCUUAUCUUGUUUUCAUCUGGAGGAUGGGAUCCACCAACAACAGCUGAAGAAGAAGUGAAAGUGCAUUCUGACAGCGAAAUAUUCGGUGGCAUAAAUGACCCAGUCGGUGCCAAAAAACGUCGCAUGAAUGCAGCUGCAAAGGAAGGCGAAGGUAACAUUUUAAUAAAUUCCUAACUUGUUAACUUUAUCUCUAUUUUAUUGUAUUAUUUGCCCUUUUCUUUUCCCUUUUUACCGCUGGGCUGGGCAAUUUUUCUUUCUUGUUAUUUUGGUGUCUGGAAACCCGCCCCGGGGGCACUCCUAGGAAUUCUUUGUGGGAGUGUGCCACCCAGUUCUUCAAAUCCUGACCAGAUUUCAGACCAAAAAAUGUAACUUUCCUCACCCGUUUUCGGACCUGGCCUUUAGGCAGAAAUUAUGCUACCAUCACUUAGAUUAGAGUGCAAACAAAAAAAUUUUUCAAAUCCGUUUUUAAUUUUCUCUUUCUUUCUUACUCAUCUGGAAUUAAAAUACGUUCAUACACUCCGACGUUCCCUACCAAAGUGGGCAAAGUGUAUACCCGUUUUCAAAUCAAAACAGUGCAAAAACCCUACCCGAUGGGGCGGCACAUACCUAUAUGUUUUAAAAAGGGAGCUCCCCCCCCCCUUUGGGUGGAAACCUGAGACCUCUGAGACCUGAAAAAAUUCACUUAUCAUUUUUGUUCUGUUUUGUUUUUGUUGUUCAAUUUAUAGGACUGUUUAAUGCAGCCUAUGAUGUGAAUAUGGAAUGGGUGAUUGUUAAAGGGAUAUCUCAUUUUUCUAAUGAUGGCAAUGCUCCUAGUGAGUCCUGGAAGUCAUUUGCUUCCAUCAUGGCAGCCUCUCUUGUGUCCAACAUGUUAAGUGAUCCAGUUGUUUUUAAAGAAUGGCCUCACUAUGAAGGUACUUUACAUCGAUCCCUGUUCUGAGAUAUUAAUUUUAUUAAUAGUGACAAAUUUUCUGUUGAGGUAAUUCUAUUUUUAUUUAUGAACAUUUAAAAUGGUUGCAGUUUUAGUGAAAAAAGGUAAUUGAAUAAAUGGACUGCCACAAAAUGUCUAGUGACUUUUUGCGCUAUAGUAUUGCUGUUAAGUACUUUAAUAUUAAAAGUACAUGUACUGGCAUGCACAUUGAAUAGACGAUACUGUUAUACAGUUUUUCAAGUGAAUGUUGACUGUUAGUGUAGCAAAUUAUGACAGUUACCUUCCUAACCAUAUCUGAGGAAUUUACAAUUUUGCAAAAAAAUGAAUCAUUUUUGAAGUUUUCUAAUGCUUGUGCCUCCCUGAAAAACUGCUAGAAGGAGAUAAAAGAAAACAUACACCAUGUUACUGACUCAGAAAACAAUAACGUUUGUAGCAGCAGAAUUACAAAAAGGAAAAGAUCUUUUCUAUUUAAUGUUUGGCCUGUACAAUUAGUCAGGGAAGUUAAAAGUUGACCAAUCACAGCNCUUUGGUACCAUGGGUGGAAGUGGAGAGGAGGCGCUGAAAGUUGCUCUGAUGAGAUGUUCCAAAGGUGGUCCAGGUGGCUCUCAAAAUGUUGUUAAAAAUGCAGUGAUUCCACUGAGACCCAAGGCUGUUUUUAUAGUUGGCUGCUGCAGGGGUUUGAACCCCCAAGACACAAAGCUGGGGGAUGUAGUGGUAUCCUCUAAGCUUAUAACUGAAGAAUUCUCAACCCCAGUAAAAAAGAAUAUUGGCAACCUUAUCUUGUUUUCAUCUGGAGGAUGGGAUCCACCAACAACAGCUGAAGAAGAAGUGAAAGUGCAUUCUGACAGCGAAAUAUUCGGUGGCAUAAAUGACCCAGUCGGUGCCAAAAAACGUCGCAUGAAUGCAGCUGCAAAGGAAGGCGAAGGUAACAUUUUAAUAAAUUCCUAACUUGUUAACUUUAUCUCUAUUUUAUUGUAUUAUUUGCCCUUUUCUUUUCCCUUUUUACCGCUGGGCUGGGCAAUUUUUCUUUCUUGUUAUUUUGGUGUCUGGAAACCCGCCCCGGGGGCACUCCUAGGAAUUCUUUGUGGGAGUGUGCCACCCAGUUCUUCAAAUCCUGACCAGAUUUCAGACCAAAAAAUGUAACUUUCCUCACCCGUUUUCGGACCUGGCCUUUAGGCAGAAAUUAUGCUACCAUCACUUAGAUUAGAGUGCAAACAAAAAAAUUUUUCAAAUCCGUUUUUAAUUUUCUCUUUCUUUCUUACUCAUCUGGAAUUAAAAUACGUUCAUACACUCCGACGUUCCCUACCAAAGUGGGCAAAGUGUAUACCCGUUUUCAAAUCAAAACAGUGCAAAAACCCUACCCGAUGGGGCGGCACAUACCUAUAUGUUUUAAAAAGGGAGCUCCCCCCCCCCUUUGGGUGGAAACCUGAGACCUCUGAGACCUGAAAAAAUUCACUUAUCAUUUUUGUUCUGUUUUGUUUUUGUUGUUCAAUUUAUAGGACUGUUUAAUGCAGCCUAUGAUGUGAAUAUGGAAUGGGUGAUUGUUAAAGGGAUAUCUCAUUUUUCUAAUGAUGGCAAUGCUCCUAGUGAGUCCUGGAAGUCAUUUGCUUCCAUCAUGGCAGCCUCUCUUGUGUCCAACAUGUUAAGUGAUCCAGUUGUUUUUAAAGAAUGGCCUCACUAUGAAGGUACUUUACAUCGAUCCCUGUUCUGAGAUAUUAAUUUUAUUAAUAGUGACAAAUUUUCUGUUGAGGUAAUUCUAUUUUUAUUUAUGAACAUUUAAAAUGGUUGCAGUUUUAGUGAAAAAAGGUAAUUGAAUAAAUGGACUGCCACAAAAUGUCUAGUGACUUUUUGCGCUAUAGUAUUGCUGUUAAGUACUUUAAUAUUAAAAGUACAUGUACUGGCAUGCACAUUGAAUAGACGAUACUGUUAUACAGUUUUUCAAGUGAAUGUUGACUGUUAGUGUAGCAAAUUAUGACAGUUACCUUCCUAACCAUAUCUGAGGAAUUUACAAUUUUGCAAAAAAAUGAAUCAUUUUUGAAGUUUUCUAAUGCUUGUGCCUCCCUGAAAAACUGCUAGAAGGAGAUAAAAGAAAACAUACACCAUGUUACUGACUCAGAAAACAAUAACGUUUGUAGCAGCAGAAUUACAAAAAGGAAAAGAUCUUUUCUAUUUAAUGUUUGGCCUGUACAAUUAGUCAGGGAAGUUAAAAGUUGACCAAUCACAGCAUGCAGGAGCAAAUCUAGGAUAAUGUACUUACCAAUUUCCUAAAUGAGUGCUGAAGGCAAAAGCUCCUAGGAAGAAACAUGCUCCCCCGAGAAAUUUUCUGGAUUUAAACUCCCAAAAUCCCCUUUCCUGGGUUUCUGAGUAAUUCAGACAGGAUAUAUGGCCAGUUCCAUGCUCCUUGGAUAAGGCAGGAUAGCGUGUCUAAUGCCAGUAAAUUGGAAAAAUAAAAUUUGUCCAAACCAUUUGCCAGAUUACAAAUUUUAAUUGGAAGGUUUUUUUAUAUUUAUCAUGAAACUCUGACAGAUUUUCUUCAAAUGGUGGAAACCGGUGUGGAUCCACACCUGACUCUAUUGUUUAAUGUUAGGGAACUUAGGUAUUAAUUCAGUUGCUGCUAGUGCACAUUAAAAAAGGUGAUGUGUUGUUGAUGGUUAGCACUCUCAUGUAAUGAGAACAUAAAACAUAUAACUGCAGAGAAAAUAUACCUCACCAAAUAUUUCAUUUUUUUUUCUUGAAAUUUAAUUCACAGACCCGUCAAUGAAGAGGCAGCCUACAAGUGAGCCCAAGAAAAAGUUACCAGGUACCUUUGUGUUCUAUUCAAUAACAUCAGGAAUCUUAUAUAACAGACUGAAGUUGGUAACACUGAUUUCAGUAGGAUUUCAAUUAAUAUUUUGAGGAUUGAAUGCUGGGAUUUCAUGAACCUUUUUGUCUCCAUCUUGGAGACAGGUUGUUAUCGCCAGAUGAGAGGUCAGGCAGAACUGCAAUAACUGUGCCUGCUAAAGAUGUGGGUGGCCUGGUACAGUGUAGCUUACAAUUGACACUAACCACUAGUAACAUCUUGUAUCAUGUCCCAAUAAAGUCUGCUCAAUAAUUUGAUCCUGUUCCAGAUGGAGAUAAAAAUUAGUUGAAUCUCAGGCGGUUUAAUUUUCAGAGGUUAUGCAGUUGUUACUUAGGUUCUGUAACUCAAACUCUAUAACCCUAACCCUUAACCCACCUGCAUCUACCUGCGAAUUGGACCCAAUGGUGGAAUCUUAAGAUUCUUUACUAAAAAGGUAUCACUUAAUAACAGACUCAGAAUUAAGAAAAAAUAUUCAUACCAACGUUAAAGUAACUAAUUAGAAACAACCUUUAAUGUAUAAUUACCAAUAUUAGUUAAUACAAAAAUACUGUAUUCGUUAUGGUUCAUUUAUGUAUACUGUAGCAUAACUAGGAGAUGUUUAUCAACUAGUUGUUCUGUUUCCACAGUGCCCAUGUUUAGUCUCCCACGCAGACAUUCUUAAGGCUUCAUAACCCGUAGGGAAGGUAUGCUUGAAGGAAGCCCUAAGAACGUCUGUGCAGGAGGCUAGUGCAUAUUCUGUAGGUUGACUGUUUCAUAUGUUAUUCAAUCCAAAAGUAUUUUUUUUAUUUAUUUUUAACUUAUAGAACUUCUUUCUAUGUAAUUAAAACCUUUUAACAGAUUCUGUAUGCCUUGAGAAGUGCCAGAAACGUCUGAAAAUGGUUUAUAAAGCAAAGAGCAAAGUCAGAAUCAUCCCAUGGGACCUAAGCUCUGCUGUUGAUAUUGAUGAGAUGUACACACAGUUGACUUGGCUUAAGGAUCACAGAAAACCCAGUGGUAUGACACAAAACAAGCUAGGAAGCUACACAGAGAUAUUCAAUGGUGGAAAGCGACUUUUGAUUUAUGGCAGGCCAGGUAUGCACUCUUAAAUUUUUUAGUUCAAGCGCUAGCACUGCAUGCAGAAUUGAAUGUAUUAAGUAAGGAAUUUAAAAAGUACCAAGUGAUAUUUACCCCGUGGUACUCAACAAAUGUUUAUAUUGGGAGGCUCCGCCCCGAGGUCCAACCCGUUACCCUUUUAUGUACCAUUUUUCACAAAAAAGGUACCCCCUUAUAUACCUUCUAUUGACAAAUGGUACCCCUUUCACGUACCUUGUUUGCGACUGUGCAUCCCUUUUAACUGCUGUAAAUGCACUGUCUUUUCAACAGGAAUCAGUCACAAAAAUGAAAGUUUUCUUGACUUAAGCCAUAAAAUUCAUCUGUGAGCCCUUUUGGGCCCUUUUCACAGACCCAAAUGACAGAUUACCCUACUCUUUAUUAAUAUACUUCAACAAGUGAAAUCCCUCCCCUUUCAUAUACUUGAAGCCUGAAAAAGAUACCCCUUUCGGGCAGAGUAUAGGCCUUCAUAGGGAGUACCCCCCUCCCCCGGGAUAUUUUAAACGAUUCUUGUCUAACAAUCCUAGCCUCAUAAUCCUUCUUCAGUUGAGUGUAUUUUACUGUUGUAGCCCAAAUUACACCCCUCUGUAACAUACCCAGUGGAUUCUAUAUCUUCAGUGGGUUCUCGGAGAAAAAGUCACUGGGUUAAUUGGUUUAUUUUCCACUGGGUUUUUCAUCUUAGUUGUGUAUUUCCCAUAAAAGCGGGAAGGGGUGGCAGUCCUUACAGUUUUACAGGCAUGAAAACUUUGAACACUUUAUGUAAACGAUUUACAGUUUUUUAUGCGAGACUGACUACUUGUACCCUUCCUUUUUUUUUUUGUCAAUGGUAAUAAUGUUUUAUAUCUUUGCUUCUUUUAAACAAAUAUGAGCAACGAAAUACACUGGUCUUGAAGAAGUCGUGAUAGAAAGGGAUUGGGGAAGCAAAAAGUCAGCCGGGUAGAAACAAACUAUUUGCCGGGUAUCGGGGAGGCUAAAUUAUCACUUGGUAGACUGGAUUAAACCACUGGGUAGGGUUUCACUGGGUCUUUACAGAGGGGUGUCAAAUUUGUGCAGGUUCCUGAGUGCCCCAUGAAAAGCUGGCCUUAAAUUAAAAAUCAGGGACACCCAACAACUUUUUUUAAGUAAAAUAACUGAUCGAAGAAGCCAAUAUUGCCUAGAAAUGUCCCGUUUUAAAGCUGUUGGAAGGGUAUAAACGACGUCUAAGAUAUUCUGAGUUUUCUACUUAUUACUAACCAACUUUCGGGGGUCGUCUUUUUUACUUUUUUCCCCCAAGAUAUCGCGCUUACCGUUCAAUAAAGGUUUCCUGAAAAUUUCUAUAUUUCUAUGAACGUAUGGCAAUUGUCCUCAAACUUUCGACGAGGCCCAUCAGGGUAGCUAACAGUUUUGGAUGAGGCGAAAAAGCCACCUAAAAUUUUCGUGACGACCAAAGUUUACCUUACCCUGCUAGCAGAGGCUACAUUCAGCUCAUACCGUGGAAAUGUAGCCUCUGCUCGCAGGGUAAGUUUACCUAAGACAUCUGAACAGAUUAUUUAAUCAACCAUUGUUCUCAAGCAUGGAGAAAACCAUUUGAUUCAGUUCUCACCCAUUUUGAAACAUUCGGUCGUAUGGGUGCCCCUGUUCAAAUUCCCAUGGGCAAGAAUAUCAUUUCGUAGAGUUUAAAAAUAUCUACAUACAAUGGCACUCAUACCAUUUUUCGCGGUCUGAAAAUAGACAAAUUCCAGUUCUUAUGUUUGUCAGGUACUGUUUCAUGAUUGAGAUAUUUUUAAAAAGCUAGUAUUUGGUUAGCGCUAAUGAUCAUCUUUUAAACUGUAUUUUCAAUGAUUUUCAGGCUCAAAGCUCUUGUUUCAGAAGUGAUUGUGUCUAUUAAUGUUUUUUAUCUUAGAAGUACUUGAAUCAGACAUUGUUUCUCUUAUUGUUGUUCAUUUGUUGUUAUCCAGGUAUUGGUAAGACUGUUUUUACCAAGAAAGCCGCUUUUGACUGGUCCCAACAGAGAUAUCAAGAAACGACAGGAGCCUUUGAACUUGUCCUUUUGAUAAGAUUACGUGAUGUCUGUAAUCUCCAUGAUGUUCCAUCUAUUUUUAAGGCUUCUCAGCUGCUCGCCAAUGAUGGCAAAAUUUCUGUUGAUGAUCUGUACGACUACGUUCUAAAUCAUCAAGAAAAGGUCUUGCUUAUCUUGGAUGGCUACGAUGAGUACAGUGCAGGGGAGCAAUCGCCUGUUGAUGAAAUUUGGGAGAGAAAUCAACUGAGUGACUGCUGUGUUAUAGUUACCUCGAGACAAAUGACAACUGACAAGCUGAGAUUGCCUAGUGAUGCCCAGUUUGAGAUUAACGGGUUUGAUGAUGAGCGCCAGGAAGAGUUUGCUCGAAGAUUUUUGAAAGAUGAAGAUGAUGUUCGACAGUUCCGUACCUACUUGAGGAAACAAGACCUUAAAGACUUGGCCGAGAUUCCACUUCUUCUGCUGCUUUUGUGUCUACUCUGGAAAGAAAAAGAUAGCAAAGAACUACCUAAGAAACGCGUAGAAAUCUUCAAUCAGUUCGUGAAGACUUUGUUUCAUCACAUGCGUGAAAAACAGUCUGCUGAAUCGGUGUUUAGCAUUGAGGAUUACUCAGAAGAAUUAUAUGCAUUAGGGCGCUCGGCCUUUGAAGCUCUCAUCAACGAUUGCCUGUAUAUCCCGAGAAGUGAAUUACCUAACUACGAUCUGAUCGAGAGGUUGAUUGAAGUCGGCCUUUUUCAAGUUUUAAAUAUGUCAAGUUUGAAUCCUGAAAAAGGUGUGUAUUUCAUUCAUAAAUCCGUACAAGAAUACUUCGCGGGAAGUUUCCUGAAAGAAGAGCUGAUAUUAUCUAAAAAGAAUGACAUUACAAAUUUCCUGUCAAAGCUGCACUCGGUUGAAAAGAUCCUCAAAAUGAAUGAAGUGUUAAAAUUUGCUGGUGAGCUGUCAGAAGAAGCCGCGCGCGAGAUUGUGAAUCAUCUGAUCAAAAUGGCGGCGAACGAAGAAGGACUCACGAAGUACACCUUCGACAGCGAAGCACCGUCAGCGAAGGAUUUUUCAGAAGACCAAAGAAAUUUUCUGACACUCUCCACACAGUUGUUUUUCUACUGUUCAGCUGAGACAAAAAGAAACCUCUUUCCUACAUUUCUUUCCUCUUUCAGAGGAGUUCUUUUAAUUGAAGCAGACCAGCUAAAUGAUCUUGUGAAAGAAAAGUUAGUUGAAACUACCGUAAACGUAAAUUAUGUUUUUUUCACUGAUGACAAGUAUACAGAGCAAGACUAUAAAAACUUGAUAAUUUUAUCUGAACAAUUAAAGGCUUUCAUUGUUAGUUGUGCGGGAGAAAAGAAAGCAUCAGAAUUUUUAAGCAACUUUACAUGGCGUAAAGUUUAUGACUUUUUCCUAAAGAAAGAAGAAAACAACACUCACCUGUAUUUUACACAAAUUUGUAGAUCUUUUUAUGGAGGCAUGUUAUAUCCUAUCUCUGAUAUAAUUAAGGCGUUAAUAAGUAAACAAGAGACAACAACAAAGAAGACAAACAUGAAUGGUGAUGAGUCAAGUGAAAAGAGCAGCAGCAGCUGUUGUUCAAAGCGUCAUGGUCUCUCCAGGAUUCGGAGGAUUGUAGCUGAGAGGAAUGUGAACAGGUUAGAAGUCAAACAGCUGAUUGAGAUCAUGCCGUUCAUCACCGCUCCACACGAGAUAGAUGUUUGGGGUGAAGACGGUGAAGUGUUUGAUGCUGAGGUAACAGAGUCUCUACUGAGGAGCAUCCCAAUAACACACAAACUGAAGGAAUUAACACUCGCUCAAAUCAAUGUAACAUCAUCACCUGCUGUGGAGUUCAUCGACAGUUUAUUUGAAAAAGCUCCAAACUUGGAGUGGCUCGUCAUGCCAAGCAAUCCUCUUCUGGGUGCAGGAGUAGACAGCUUGAUUAAUAAUCUCAGCUGCGCUCCUCACCUGAAGACACUGGAGCUUAUAAAUGUGAAGAUGACUCCACAGCAGGUGAAAGAUCUCACAUCAGCCAUCAAGCAGCACAGCAACAUCACUGAUCUGUGGUCAGACUACCACGUAAGUUUUCCAAUUUUAUCACAAUUUGUUUCUUUAUUCUUUGUUUACAGU